UUUGAACGCAAAAUGAGUCGGCUUCUACAAAGAACGCAACAGAAUUUGGAGAAUUCAAGACUAAAUAUUAGGGAUUUUAGUUAUGAAAUAACACCCCCAUUUGCAAAGCAAAAUUCCAUGGCAAAUAUAGAUGUGGAACUAACUACUUUCAGUAAUGAUGAUAACCAAAAUAAUAAAUUUAACUCGGGGGAUGGUGAAAAUCUGCCCAAUUCUUCAAGCCACACACAAGAUCACAUAGACGAUUAUUCAGAAAGAAACAAACGGGUGCAUUCAAAACACAGAAAUGACCAAGUUUAUCCUGAAAAUAGUCGUGUUUAUAAGGCAUACGAGGCCAAAACAGGCCCCAGAAAAAAUAAAACACGUAUUUUAGUCGACUUUGAUGGACAUGCAGAUGAAAUAAUAGACAAAAUGAAAAAAGAUGAAAAUCUUAUGGGAAAUACACCACAUUCUCAGAAACUACAACGGGAAACAUUACGUGAUAUGCCGCAAUGUUUAACAGUAAAAAGAUGCGUAAAAAGAAAAUUAUCAAUGGUAAAAAACACAAAAGUACAAAAGGGUUGUUGCACCUCAUUAAAAAAUAAAAUGGGCAACAAAUUUCACAAAUUAAAAAACGAUUUAAAAAGCGUCUUGUCAGCCCUUGAGUUGUGGUACACUCCCCUAAAAGAAAUUGAGGGUCGUUUUGGUUCUGGAGUUGGGUCGUUUUUUAAAUUUCUACGCUGGAUUUUUAUUUUCAACUUUAUUCUCUCAAUCCCUGUGGUACUGUUUAUUGUUAUUCCUCAGCUGGUUUACGAUGAACCCGUUAAAAACAACGUCACGUUCAGAUUUAUCGACAUUUUUAACGGAGACGGGUAUUUCGUGAAAACCGCUUUAUAUUAUGGAUUUUAUUCAAACGACUCUGUGAAUUUAUCGGAAAUCGAUUACAACAUGCCGAAAGCGUAUUUUUUCACCAACAUCAGCACGUAUUUGGUUGCUUUAGUCGUGCUUUGUGUAAGUUCGGCGAAUAAAUACAAGAAAAGUUUCAUAGAAACAGAGGGUGGCGUUCACAAUGUUUUUGCGCAGAAAAUAUUUUGCAGCUGGGAUUUCAGUAUCGCCAACCGUGACGCGGCAAACUUAAAAUCCACCUCGAUCUAUAAUGAGCUAAGGGAGCUUCUCUACGAUGUGCAAAAAAUCGACGUCGAAGAAUCCUUCAUGCAAAAAUUCCGAACCUUCAUUUUACAGCUGACAUCAAACGUUCUGGUUUUGUUUACAUUCGCUGGCAUAGCUUACUUGAUUUGGUUUUGCAUGGGCAAAGAUUCCGCCAUAUUGUCCGCCAUUGCGGUGAACUUGGUUAUGGUUUUCGUGCCAUAUUUGCUGAGCUAUUUGGUGAAGUAUGAGGGUUACAAAGAGCCAAGAACGAACCUGUACGUAACGUUGUUUAGAAUUUUUUUGCUUGGAUUUUUGGUUAUUUCCGUCAUGACAACUUUCUGGUUAAAAAAAUCCAAAACAGACUUAGAUUGGGAAAGUUCCUUGGGCCAAGAAAUUUACCGAUUAUUUUUGUUUGAUUUUAUUUUUGCCGUAGUUUUAUCCUUUGUUUUUGGUGUUUGCAUGUUUUUUGGUAAAAGGGCGCUCGGAAGAGACGGUCGCUUCGAGUUCGACAUCCCGCGCCACACGAUGCACAUAAUCUACAGCCAGAGCCUAUUCUGGCUGGGCCUUUUCUACGCGCCCCUCAUAUCCGUCAUGGUCGUGAUAAAGCUCUUCCUCACCUGGUACGCCAACCAGGCGACCGUGCAGUUCUUCUGCAGGCCCUCGAGCCGGUCCUGGCGCGCCGCCCGAGCCCAGACCUGGUUCACCAUCAUGGUCUUCGCCAGCUUGCUGUUGGUGUGCUGCGUUCAAGGUUACGUUAUUGUGUGCGUUUCUCCGUCAAAACAAUCGGGUCCGUUCCAAAACUACAAUUUUAUAUACGAAAUCGUGACCACGGGCGUUUUUAAUUUGGAAGUCACGAGUUUUUUCUGGAAAGUAAUCAUUUUCGUCACCAAACCGGGAAGCGUUUCCCUAAUUUUGAUUGGGUUAAGCAUUCUUGUGUAUUUAUCGAAAAAGCGCGCUGAGUCGCAAAGGGAAUCCGUCGAAAAGUAUAGGGAAAUGCUAAAGUGGGAAACAAAAGAUAAAGAAUUUUUGGUCAAAAAAAUAACGCAAAUAACCCAAGGAGAUUGGCAUUGGAAUUUGCAAGAUAGUAGGGAGCAUGACCCAAUUAACAUGAUGCCUAGAUAUUCAAUUCGAAGACAGGACAGUCAAGACUAUAGGCAGUUUGAGCCUUCACCAUCACAGGUUUUAAUGGAAUAAAUUUUAUUAAUUACAAAAUACAAUCAUAUACUAAAAUAUUCUAAUUAGGCAUGGUAAUGUAAAAUUAUAGAUGUUAUUGUAAAAAUAACUAAAAAUAAAUGUUUU